UCUGUUUGAGUUUUGUUUCUCUUAGAAUUAAACAUGUUGAGCAUAGCGAGACCAACUUGCUAGUAAAUAAAUUAAAUUAAAAAAAUAGAGGCUCCUCACUGGUAAGUGCUGCUAUUUGAGCUAUUUUUAGAACAGGCCAGCGGCCGACUCAUCUGGUCCUUACGGGCUACCUGGUGCCCGCGGGCACCGUGUUGGUGACCCCUGGCCUAGUUUAUGAGAAUUGACGAGAGCCUAUAGGACGGAACAAAUUAUACUUCGACCGAUAUGUUUUUUCAGGGCCGUUACCAAACAUUAGUAGUCAAGGAUGCUGAUAACCGACAUUUGAAGCCGAUAUUCUUUUGCAAUAAAAGUUAUUUAAAAUCAAAACUAUACAUCAGUAAACAGCUGGACAAUGCUUGAAGUGGUGUUUUUUAACGUCAUUUUUUAGGACACGUUGGACCAGUUGUGACAUAAUGCUAAUGCAGUGGUUACUUUAGCACCAAGCAACAUCAGGGGAUUUCACACACACCUUUAUUACAUGUUUCUAAGAGAAGCAUUUCAAAAUAUGGGAAAUCUCCUGAAAAAAUUGGUAAAAAUAUGGCACUUUUCUACAUCACAUCACUAAGUCUAGCCAUAUUCUCAUUGUUGGAGCACUUUAUGGAUUCAUUACAUUGUAGUGUUGAACGAUUACAGCAAAAAUAAUAAUCACAAUUAUUUUGAUUGAUAUUGUAAUCAAAAACAUGCACCUGGGGAUAGGUUGAUUGGCAACACUAAAUUGGCCUAGUGUGUUAAUGUGAGUGUGAAUGUUGUCUUUCUAUCUGUGUUGGCCCUGUGAUGAGGUGGCGACUUGUCCAGAGUGUACAAGGGCCUUCCGCCCGAAUGCAGCUGAGAUAGGCUCCAGCGCCCCCUCAACCCCAAAAAUGUAAAUACAACAACUGGGAUCAGGUGGACCCAGCAGAACUAUUCAGCAAAGCGCCGACAGAAAAAAAGGAGGCCAACCCUAAACUCAACAUGGUGAAAUUCCUGCAAGUUGAAGCCAGAGGAUGUGACAUCUUGGUGUUAUGGUUGGACUGUGAUAAAGAAGGCGAGAACAUCUGUUUUGAGGUUAUUGAUGCUGUACAACCUGUCAUGAAAGGAGGUGUCAGGGAGAGGACUAUUUACCGUGCCAAAUUCAGCUCCAUUACUGAAACUGAUAUCUGGAAGGCUAUGAAUCAACUUGGAGAGCCAAACCACAAUGAAUCACUUUCUGUGGAUGCACGGCAGGAACUGGAUCUACGGAUUGGCUGCGCGUUUACGAGGUUCCAAACCAAAUAUUUCCAGGGAAAAUAUGGAAAUCUGGACUCUUCUUUGAUAUCAUUCGGACCUUGUCAGACCCCAACUCUUGGGUUUUGUGUGGAACGUCAUGAUAAAAUCCAGUCCUUCAAACCAGAGAACUACUGGGUUAUACAUGUAAAGGUCUUCAGGGCGAAGGAAAACCCACUGACCCUUGAUUGGAACCGAGUUAAAGUAUUUGACAAAGAGGUGGGCCAGAUGUUUGUCAACCUGACCAAGACAUCCAAGGAAGCCCAGGUUGAGUCGGUGACCAAGAAGGAGAAGAGUAAGCAGAGACCCCUGGCUUUAAACACAGUAGAGAUGUUGAGAGUGGCAAGCUCUGCUUUGGGUAUAGGUCCUCAGUAUACUAUGCAGAUUGCUGAGCGCUUAUACACACAGGGAUUCAUAAGCUAUCCUCGAACUGAAACAUCCCACUAUCCAGAAAGCUUUGACCUGAAGGGAACACUGAAGCAGCAGACCAACUGUCCUUUUUGGUCAGAGGAGGUGAAAACUCUCCUUUCAAACGGAAUAAAUCAUCCCAGAAAAGGAGUUGAUGCUGGGGACCAUCCACCUAUUACCCCCACUCGUGCAGCCUCAGAACAAGAACUGGGAAGUGAUGGAUGGCGGCUAUAUGAGUACAUCACAAGACAUUUCAUUGCCACUAUCAGUCAGGACUGCAAAUACCUACAGACAACCAUUACCUUCAACAUUGGCACUGAAACGUUCACAUGUAGUGGCAAAACCCCAAUAUCACCAGGUUACACAGCUGUGAUGCCAUGGCAGGGUAUCCCUCUCGAAGAAGCCCUACCUGUCUGUCAGAAGGGAGACAUGUUUACAGUAGAUGAGAUUAAGCUAGUGGAAAAGCAGACAAUCCCUCCAGACUUCUUGACUGAGGCUGAACUUAUCACUCUAAUGGAGAAACAUGGCGUUGGCACUGAUGCUAGCAUCCCGGUCCACAUUAACAACAUCUGCCAAAGGAACUAUGUGACAGUAGAGAAUGGACGCAAGUUAAAGCCAACCAACCUGGGCAUAGUCCUUGUGCACGGCUACUACAAGAUUGAUGCAGAACUGGUACUCCCCACCAUCCGCAGUGCUGUUGAAAAGCAACUUAAUUUAAUUGCACUUGGAAAGGCCAACUUCCAGCAAGUACUUCAGCAUACAUUGGACAUUUUCAAGAGGAAGUUUCACUAUUUUGUGGACUGUGUCUCUGGUAUGGAUCAAUUGAUGGAAGUCUCUUUUUCGCCAAUUGCUGCUGCAGGAAAACCAUUAUCUCGUUGUGGCAAGUGCCACCGGUUUAUGAAAUUAAUCCAGGCCAAACCUAGUCGUCUCCACUGCUCCCACUGUGAUGAAACAUAUAGUCUUCCCCAGAAUGGAGCCAUCAAGUUGUACAAGGAGCUUCGCUGUCCUUUGGAUGACUUUGAGCUAGUGCUUUGGACUUCUGGGGCCCGAGGCAAAAGUUAUCCAUUGUGCCCCUACUGUUUCAGCAAACCGCCUUUCAGGGACAUGAAAAAAAAUGUAGGAUGCAAUGAAUGUACCCAUCCUUCCUGCCAGCACUCUCUCAAUGCUCUGGGUAUUGGACAGUGUGUGGAGUGUGACGGUGGAGUUUUGGUACUGGAUCCAACCUCCGGGCCGAAAUGGAAGAUGUCCUGUAAUAGGUGCAAUGUAGUUGUUCAUUUCUUUGAAAAUGCACAUCGCGUACAGGUUGCUGAAGAUAUUUGCAAUGCAUGUGAUGCUUCCCUGGUAAUGGUAGACUUCAGUAAGGCCUGCAACCCACUUCCUGCGGAUGAGACCCAACACACCGGCUGUAUUUUUUGUGAUCCAAUCUUCCAGGAUCUUGUAGAAAUUAAACAUGCAACGAUGAGGCACCCAAUGCACCGAGGUAAAGGUGCAAGAAGAGGGCGCGGGCGAGGAAGGGGACGCCGCGGAGCCCCUAGAAAGCCCAAAGACAAAAUGGAUGAAUUAGCAGCAUACUUUGUAUAAUACAUCACGUUUGCUAUGGCUCUCCAUACACAUUAUAUACUGUAAGUCCAUGUUAUACAGUAAAUUUUGAUGAAUGUUUUUUUGUUUGGUUAGUUAAAGUGGGGCAAAAAAUUAUUUAGUCAGCCACCGAUUGUGCAAGUUGUCCCACUUAAAAUGAU